AUGAUGCAAGACGAGAAACACAUGUACGGCCUUGGCCCUGACAUGCCGCCGAUGCCACCAAUGUUUCACCCCGAGGCCGAAUCGACCUGGGUCGACGUUCGCAAUUUCCACCUGCCACCGCAAGCUCCAGCGGGCUACAUGUCGCAACCGCCGCCGUAUGAUCCGAUGGGAUUGGCCGGUUGGACGGCCAACCGUGGCAGUCGUCCCAAGGAUCGUUGGCGUGUCCAGGUCGAGGAUGCCUUUGAUUUGGAACCGUGGGGUCCCUUGAAGAUGGUCAAAUGGUGUUUGCACGACGAAACGACGGUCGGAUACGAGUUGAACAUGCGUCCGCUGGGCGGCUUCCGCAAGAAGUUUGGAUGGUAUCAAGGAUCGGCAAACUAUCCACCUGGCAAGCAACCUGCAGUAACCUAUACACCAGGAUCGGGCACGAUCAAGAGUGCCGAUGGUGGAUUGGAGAUCAAGUGCAACUACCAAGUGGAUCGAUCACGCAACCAACAGUUCAUGCCAUUCCGCCUUGGCAACCUCAACUUCCGUUGGGCGUCGGAUCGGGUCCAGAGUACGGUCGAUGGUCGUUUGUGGGACGAAACCCAAAACACCCUGUUGGACCAAUUGGAUCAACCUCUGGCCACGGUGCGAUGGCUCUAUCCUGAUGGUCGUUUUGAUGGCAGCAUGCAACCGACCAUGGCCUGCCAAGCCGUCUACCUGUACCACCAGUGGGAUACCAUGAACAAGGAGGUACGCAACACCUCUUACCGACAACGUGUGCCCACCUAUCAAGCCGUCGAAGCACGCUUCAGUCGCGGUCGAAUGAUCACCUACUGCUACCUCAACAUGGCCGAAUUGGAAAAGGCACGCGACAAGUUGCAAAAGAAUCUGGCACGAGAGGCUAGCCGAGUCAGUAGCGGUGGAGGUUCGACAGGUACAACCGCCGUUGCUCCCCUUGCCACCACCUGUUAA